AUGGAUCCAUUCUCAGCAGAGGGCGAGCUUCUUAACUUGCACAAUCAUUUCCACCAAGGUCAAUAUCAGGAAGCCAUUGAUUUCGAUACCAGUGCCCUUUCUCCAGAGAAUGCACUCCCAGCGCGGGUUAUAUCACUAAGAGCUCAAAUUGCACUCGGACAUGCUGAAGAUGUUCUCGCAGACGUACAAGGAGAAGAUGCCGUCGAAUUAAAAGCUGUCGGAGCUCUAGCCGUGUUUGUGAGCGAGGAUGAAGAUAGGGGCGUCCAGAUGAUUUCAAAAUUGGCCGAGGACUCGAGCGACAAUGCGACAGUGCAGGUAUUGGGUGGAACAGUUCUACAAGCUGCGGGAAAGAGCGAGGAAGCUCUGCAGUUGUUGGGACUGCACCAGGGGAACCUUGAGGCGGUGGCUCUCAUUGUUCAAAUUCAUCUAGAACAAAACCGUACCGAUUUGGCUAUCAAGGAAGUUCAACAAGCUAGGAGAUGGGCUCAAGAUAGUCUGUUGGUUAACUUGGCAGAGUCCUGGGUGGGACUUAGAGUUGGCGGAGAGAAAUACCAGCAAGCAUUCUAUGUCUUUGAAGAACUCGCACAAGCUCCAUCAACAUCCUCAACACAAAGUCUUGUCGCGCAAGCAAUCGCAGAAAUACAUCUAGGAAGAUUGGAGGAAGCAGAAGCAGCAUUAGAUCAAGCUUUCAGCAAGGACCCCGAGAAUGCUGAAGUCCUUGCAAACAAAGUCGUCUUGAACACAAUCUCGGGGAAGGAAUCCAGUGAUUUGUUAAGUUCAUUAGGAAGCACAGCACCAGAACACGCAUUCUUGAAGGACUUGGAGGAGAAGAACUCCCUCUUCGACAAGGCUGCCACGAAAUACUCUCCCAAGGUCGCCGCCGCAUAA